UUCCUAUAUACAUGCUCGAAGAUUUCUUUUCAAUUUCCAAUCAUUUUUCGAUGUCAUAAAAAAAAUUUCCAUUACCAAAAAUGACUCCCAAGCAUUUCCUACUCCUUAUUCUCUUCACCUUUUGUUUGUCUUCUUUCCCAUCACACGCUCGCUUCAUCACCGGCCGGCCGUCCCCGACCGGUCUUGUUUCUGAUGGGAUGUCCACCGUCGAAAACCCACCUUACCUUCUCCUCAAACAUCUGGUUUCGGCUGAGGAAACGUGUGAGCAGUCGUAUGGGUUCUUACCCUGUACCACCACGGUUCUAGGAAACUUGUUUUUGAUAAUCGUUUAUGGAUACCUUAUGUAUUUAGCUGCCACUUACUUGUCCAAUGGAAGUGAGCUUUUGCUUGAGAUCCUCGGUCCCGGUAUUGUAGGAGGAUUGUUCUUGCCCAUACUUGGAGCUUUUCCCGAUGCAAUGCUUAUUCUCGUGUCUGGACUUUCCGGAACGGCGGAAACUGCUCAAGGCCAGGUCUCCGUUGGAAUGGGGCUGUUGGCAGGGUCAACCGUCAUGCUUAUCACGGUGAUAUGGGGAUCCUGUGUUGUCGUCGGCAGGUGUGAUCUCCGUGAUUCAAUCGCAGUCGAUGGAACGAAUAAGAAAGGGUUUAGCUCAACAGAGACGGGUGUUAGCACUGAUAUUUGGACAUGCUAUGCUGCCAGGAUAAUGGCUAUAUCAGUUAUCCCAUUUCUUAUUGUCCAACUACCACAAGUUCUCAAUUCAACUUCAGGAAGACACUUGGCCGUUUUGAUUGCACUUAUUGUUUCGAUGUCGAUGUUGGUAUCAUAUUGCGCUUAUCAGGUGUUUCAGCCUUGGAUCCAGAGAAGACGACUUGCUUUCGUAAAGCACAAGCAUGUCAUAUCGGGAAUUUUAAGGCACUUGAAGACGCAUUCUCUGGGAAGGCUUCUUAAUGAUGACGGGGAACCCAACACAGAGAUCAUAAAGAAGUUGUUUGAGGCGAUUGAUGAGAAUCACGAUGGUGCUCUUUCGCCUGCUGAGCUGAGAGCGUUGAUUAUAGGAAUCCAGUUUGAAGAGAUCGACUUGGAUAGAGAUGAUGCUGUGAGAAAAGUACUGGAAGAUUUCGAUACCUCCCUCGACUCUCUCGUUCAAGAGGAUGAGUUUAUAAGAGGAAUCACGAAGUGGAUUUAUGAGGCAAGGCGAACCGGAGGUGCUUAUCCUGAACCUAAUGGCGGGACGUUUAAGUUCAUCGACGAUUUUCACCAGCAAACAAAGAUAGAACAUACUUUGUUAGGGCCGGAGGAACAAAGUGAUGAGGUUACCGAGAGCGUUGAAAACCCUCGAUGGAUCUCAUUCAAAGCCGUACAAAUGUUAUUACUAGGUACCCUUAUCGCAGCUGCAUUUGCAGAUCCGCUGGUAGACGCAGUUGACAACUUCUCCGCAGCAACAAGCAUUCCAUCUUUUUUCAUCUCAUUCAUUGCAUUGCCAUUUGCUACCAAUUCGAGUGAAGCUGUAUCGGCCAUCAUCUUUGCCAGCCGCAAGAAGCAGAGGACUGCAUCCUUGACAUUUUCCGAGCUCUAUGGGGCGGUAACGAUGAACAAUGUCCUCUGCCUAUCGGUUUUCUUGUCACUCGUUUACAUUAGGGGAUUAACAUGGGAUUUCUCGUCCGAAGUGUUGGUGAUUCUUAUCGUCUGCCUCGUGAUGAGUGCAUUCGCCAGCUUCCGAACUACAUUCCCGCUCUGGACGUGUUCGGUGGCUUACGGCCUUUAUCCGUUUUCGUUGGGCCUCGUAUAUGUUCUCGAUUAUGUCUUCGGUUGGUCGUAGUCUCGUAGAUUAAUGAAUGUAACAACUGGUGUAGAGGACAGCUACUGGUUCUGAUUUUCAUGGUUUAGCUGAGAGACUUUCGGAUUUUCUCUUUGUUCAACA